AAGGAACCACAAUAUACCUGCAUCACCAUAGUGGGACAACGUGACAACAGAACCUUCCUCCUUCUAGCAGUCAUACUGUAGUAGAACGACAGGAAACGCUUGGUUUCGUCUGCACCAUUCUGCUUCUGUAGGUGUACUGAUAACACCCUACCAUCUACUAAACCUGCCAACCAACCUUCAGUUCCCAUCACCUCUCCUUCCACCUGCAGAGAGAGAGAGAGAGAAAAAAAGAAAUCACCUUAAGAAAGGGAGAGAAGGCAGUUAUCAUGGAUACGAGGAAGCACCUGUGUUCCCUGGCCCGUAUGUUGCUGCCUGCCCUGGGCUUUGUCCUCAUCUGUGUGGGGGCCUACCUGAUGUCCCUCCACAAUGUCUACAACAGCUCCCUGUGUUACAUCCUGGCCUACAUCCUCAUUGCCUGUGGCUUGUGUUGCCUCCUCACCGGGGUCUUCUGGACCAUCUGCCAUGGCAUGAAGAGGAAGAGGCAGAGGAGCAGGAGCCACCACACAGCUGCACACAUCCAUGUCUACACCGUUGACAGACCCAGCUUCCACCUUCCUUCAUAUGAGGAGUCUCAGCACAACCACACCUCUGCCUUCUCUGCUACUGCAGCUGCAGCUUACUCUGUGCUGGGGCUCUCUGAAUACGGCCUGAGGUUCAAUCUGGCCCCCCCCCUGUACACCCAGGACAUCUCUGAGGCCCCAGACGACACCUUCAACCAUGAAGAACCACCUGCUUACUCUGAGAUGGCCAUGCAGCUGCACAGGGAGCCACAGGGGCUUCCACAGCAACCAGAACAUUCCGGUUUGGACAGAGUUCCAUGUCCUGAGCUGGACGGUCGAUAGGUGGUGGACUCUGGAAGGUGAUGACGUCACCUUUGUGUACUGUUUAAAACGAGUGUCUCCCUGCCUGACCUUUGACCUCUGAUCUUUUAGGAGAUGUAAACUACAUGGCCCUUUCUGCUCAGAGGUUUUCUGGAGAACGGAGACAGGUGGGAGUGAUAGCUAGGAAUGAGACUGUCUUGAGCUUUUGCUGAGACCUGAGAUACUAUGUGACUAAAAACAUCUUUGCUGUUUCACAUGUGGCUGAACGGUAGUAACCAAUAGCAACAGGUCAUACAGUGAGCUACAGGUUGAUCAAGACAAAUGUCUACAGAAUGCUAGUGAAGGAUGACAGUCUAGGUAUGGAUGUCUCUAUAAAUCUGAUGCACUUUAAAAAACAAAGACCUGCUUGUUUUUGCUCGUUGUUGGAUGUGACUCUGAGUGCAGUAUUGGAACACUAUAUAUACAAAAGUAUGUGGACACCCCUUCAAGUUAGUGGAUUUGGCUAUUUCCGCCACACUUGUUUCUGACAGGUGGAUAAAAUCAAGCACACAGCCAUAGGAUGUCACCUUUCCAACAAGUCAGCUGCUCAAAUGUCUUCCCUGCUAGAGCUUCCCCAGUUAAAUGUAAGUGCUGUUAUUGUGAAGUGGAAAUGUCUAGGAGCAACAACGGCUCAGCCGCAAAGUGGUAGGCCACACAAGUUCACAGAAUGGGACCACCAAGAGCUGAAGCGCAUAGCUACCAAGUUCCAAACUGCUUCUGGAAGCAACAUCAGCACAAGAACUGCUCAUCGGGGGCUUCAUGAAAUGGCUUUCCAUGGCCGAGCAGCCGCUCACAAGCCUAAGAUCACCAUGCGCAAUGCCAAGCGACGGCUGGAGUGGUGUAAAGCUCUCCGCCUUUGGUGAAUCACACUUAACCGGCUGGUAGUCCAACGGACGAAUCUGGGUUUGGUGGAUGCCAGGAGAACGCUACCUGCCCCGAAGCACAGUGCCAACUGUAACGUUUGGUGGAGGAGGAAUAAUGGUCUGGGGCUGUUUUCAGGGUUCCGAGCAUACAAUGAGAUUCUAGACGAUUCUGUGCUUCCAUCUUUGUGGCAACAGUUUGGGUAAGGCCCUUUCCUGUUUCAGUAUGACAAUGCCCCCGUGCACAAAGCGAGGUCCAUACAGAAAUGGUUUGUCGAGAUCGGUGUGGCGGAACUUGACUGGCCUCCACAGAGCCCUAACCUCAACCCCACUGAUCACCUUAGGGAUGAAUUGGAACGCCGACUGAGAGCCAGGCCUAAUCGCCCAACAUCAGUCCCCGACCUCACUAAUGCUCGUGUCUGAAUAGAAGCAACAUCUAGCGGAAAGCCUUCCCACAAGAGUGGAGGCUGUUAUAGCAGCAAUGGGGGAACCAACUCCAUAUUAAUGCCCAUGAUUUUGCAAUGAGAUGUUCGACAAGCAGGUGUGCACAUACUUUUGGUCAUGUAGUGUAUCUGUUUACGAAGGGCACUGUACAGUACGUUAACAUCACACCGUUGUACAUGGACUUGUAUUGUACUCGUAUAUUGUGUUCUGCAGCCACUGAGAGCUUUUAUAAGCAAAGAAUGUUUAUCAAAAAUAAAAAUAUAUUUUAUCACAAAA